CCAGAGGCGGUUGUUCGGGCACUGCACAGCGCACGGACACAACACGAGCCACGGUGUACGUUUCGUGGGUUUAACGUAACGCUGCGAACUCCUCACGGUGCUUUUGCGUUUCCGUCUCCCGGUCCCGACGGCUUGUAGCGGCUUUUACGCACGGGAAAACGAGCGCAAGGUGGGAUUUCUACAAGGGGACCAGCUUUGCCAGCCGCCCCGGCCCAAAGAAGAACCAGGAAACAGGAUUAAAGAAGGACACAUCCUGGUCAUUGUUCCACCCGGCAGGAGAAAGCCCCUGCUCUGAGCCCUGGAAAACCCGCUACGUCGCCCUCACCAAACUCCCAUCUAUUUACAGUUCACCUCCGGAGCCCUAAUCUACAAAUUACUGGCUUGGACAAGAUGGCAAAUUCACCAAUGCAGUGCUGAGAUGAGCAGCCCGCCAGCGCUCUGACAAGCACUGACUCGAGUUCAGCAUCAGCAUUGAAAACUCUGGUCAAGCUCCCAACGUGUCAAUGAGGCCGCCCCAUCCCUGCAUGCUGUGGGAAAUAUGUUGACCUUAUUUUGAAACCCUCCGACCCUCCACCCUCGCCCAGUGUCCCUCCCUGGCCCCCCAUCCUGUCCCACCGCCAUGACCAGCCUCAAGCGUUCCCAGACGGAGCGCUCGGUCGGGGGCUCCGUACCGGCCUCCGACGAAUUCUACACCCGCCGCUUGCGCCUGCCCAACGGAGGAGCCCCCCCGCCCCGCAGCGAGAGCGCCCACAUCUCCUCCUCCAACACCGGCACCAACCCCGGCGUUCCCAAAAUGGGCGUGCGCGCUCGGGUCGCUGACUGGCCGCCCAGGAAAGACGGAGGGAGCGGCGGGGUUUGGCAUAUCACCGUGGAAACCGAUUCGCCCAGUUCAACCACGACUUCGUCUUCUGGUUCUGGAAGCGGGGAUCGCGAGAGGAUUAUGGGAUCGGAAAGGAGCGAGCGAUCGGAAAGGAGCGAACGAUCUGAGAGAAGCGAGCGAUCGGAGAGAGGAGGAGGUAGCGGGGGUAGCGGCGGCGGCGGCGGCGGUGGCGGUAACGUAUCCACCGUUACAUCCCAUACUAACCUGUCCGCCAAGCUUGGCCACCUCAUCAGCCCGCAAGACUCUUCAAUGCUGCGCAACAUUCAAAACACGCUCAAGAACAAGAUGCAAAGCAAAGGCAAAGACAACCGCUUCCUGUCCCCGGAUGGUUACCUGGGAUCGCCGCGGAAGGGCAUGCGGCGGAUCCGGCAGCGAAGCAACAGCGACAUCACCAUCAGCGAGUUGGACGGGGAUAACGAGGGCUGGUCGUUCUCAGGCUGGACUCCGAUGCAUCGCGAAUACGGAAGCACGUCGUCCAUAGACAAACAUGGGGUGUCCGGAGAGAGUUUUUUCGACAUGCUAAAAGGCUACCAGUCUGCUGAGGCGCCAGAUCAGAGAAGUCCAGCUCCAGAGAGGCUUUCGGAAUUGCUAACAGUCGCUCCGAUCAAGCAAGCGGCUUUGGAUCUACCCGAUGGACCGAUAGUCAAAGGGAGUCCAGCGAGUCGACUGAAGGAAAGAGAGAAGCAGUUGAAAAGAAGGUCUAAAUCGGAGGCAGGGAGUGAGUCUAUAUUUCGUAAACUGCGUAGCGUCAAAGUGGAAGGCGAUACGUCCAGAGCGGGUUCGGACGCCGAGGACGGAGGGAAAACCGACGAGAGCGCGCCCCCUCCCAAACCGUGGGUGUGCCAGAAGGGUUUCGCCCAUUUUGAUGUCCAGUCUUUGCUCUUCGAUCUAAAUGAAGCCGUGCAAAGCAGACAGUGCGGGUCCAAGCGUAAAAACACGACCACGGGGGCGUCGGCCGCUGCUGCCGCAUCCGCCUCGGCCACUUCCUCGCUCUCGUCCAAUCAGAGCGGAGCGUACGGGUCUCCAUGCGGAUCUCAAGAGGAGCUAAACACGAAGGACGGAUCGGGACACGGGACUAACCCAGCGCUGGACCCGGGGGACGACAAGAGCAACGAGCUGGUCCUGAGCUGCCCCUGUUUUAGGAAUGAGAUCGGAGGAGAAGGGGAGAGGAGUAUAGCACCUGCCAAACAGGGCAGCAUUGGCAGCGGGGGCAGUGGCAGCAGCAGUUCUUCGGGCAGCACAGAGGAGGGGCCCCUGGAUGCCACCCUCUCGUCUCACUUCACCAACGCAGGCGUCGCCGUGCUGGAGGCCCCCAAGGAAGGCCCGGGGCUGCACACGGACCGCUCCAAGAGAUACAUCGUGGAGCAUGUGGACCUGGGGGCGUACUACUACAGGAAGUACUUUUACCUGCGAGAGCACUGGAACUACCUGGGUGUGGAUGAAAACUUGGGGCCGGUGGCGGUGAGUCUGCGCAGAGAGAAACUGGAGGAGCACAAGGAGCACGGGCAGCAGUACAACUACAGGGUCAUCUUCAGGACCAGCGAGCUGAAUACCUUGCGAGGCUCCAUCCUGGAAGACGCCAUCCCCUCCACGUCCAAACACGGCCUGGCUCGAGGGCUCCCCCUGAAGGAGGUUCUGGAGUACCUGGUGCCGGAGCUGAACGUGCACUGUCUCCGUCUGGCUCUGAACACGCCCAAGGUCACGGAUCAGCUCAUGAAACUGGACGAACAGGGGCUGAGUUUCCAGAGGAAGGUGGGGGUCAUGUACUGCAUGGCGGGGCAAAGCGGAGAGGAGGAGAUGUACAACAAUGAAUCGACCGGUCCUGCUCUGGAUGAGUUCUUACACCUGCUCGGAGAGAGAGUCCGACUCAAGGGCUUCACCAAGUACAGAGCCCAGCUGGACACCAAGACUGAUUCCACUGGGACCCACUCCAUGUACACAACCUACAAGGACUACGAGAUUAUGUUCCACGUGUCCACUAUGCUGCCCUACACCCCCAACAACAAACAGCAGUUACUGAGGAAGCGCCAUAUUGGGAAUGACAUCGUGACCGUAGUAUUCCAGGAACCAGGAGCGCUCCCGUUCACUCCCAAGAACAUCCGCUCACACUUCCAGCACGUGUUUGUGGUGGUUCGUGUUCACAACCCCUGCUCGGAAAACACCUCCUACAGCGUCGCCGUCACCCGCUCCAAAGACAUGCCCUCCUUCGGCCCGCCCAUCCCCGAGAACGUCACCUUCCCCAAGUCCUCCGUGUUCCGGGACUUCCUGCUGGCGAAGGUCAUCAACGCCGAGAACGCCGCCCACAAAUCCAACAAGUUCUGCGCCAUGGCAACGCGCACCCGGCAGGAGUACCUACGCGACCUCGCCGAACGCCACACCACCAGCACCCCCAUCGACCCCUCGGGCAAGUUCCCCUUCAUUUCUCUGGCUCACAAGAAGAAAGAGAAGACCAGACCGUACCAGGGGGCGGAGCUGAGGAGUUUGGGGGCGGUGACUUGGCAGGUGCACGCCGAAGACCACAGCACCGGAGGGGAACUGGACGCGCUCCUGGCCGUGUCCAAUGACUUUAUAAUCGUGCUGGAUCAAGAGGCGAAGGAGGUGGUGUUCAACUGCGCGACGAAGGACGUGAUUGGCUGGACGCUGACUAACCCCGCCUCCCUGAAGAUCUUCUACGAGAGGGGGGAGUGUCUGUCCCUGCGCAGCGUCAGUAACAACACGGAGGAUUUCAAGGAGGUCAUCAAGAGGCUCGAGUAUCUGACCAAGGGAUGUGAGACGACAGAGAUGACCCUGCGGAGGAAUGGCCUGGGACAACUGGGAUUCCACGUGAACUAUGAAGGCAUCGUUGCAGAGGUGGAGCCGUAUGGAUACGCGUGGCAGGCCGGGCUCAGGCAGGGCAGCCGAUUGGUGGAGAUCUGUAAGGUUUCCGUGGCGACGCUGACACACGAGCAGAUGAUCGACCUGCUCAGGACGUCCGUAGCGGUCCGCGUGGUCAUCAUCCCACCGCACGAGGACGCCACUCCACGCAGGGGCUGCUCGGAGCUCUACCGCCUGCCCAUGAGCGAAUACAAAAGCAGCAGUAACGACAGCGGAUCCUUCGAGUACAAGUUCCCGUUCCGCAGCAACAACAACAAGUGGCAGCGCACGUCCAGCAGCCCGCAGCAGUCCCUGACCGCCUCCCCGCAGCCCCACACCCCCAACAGGGCCAUCAGUCUGGGCAGCUCCGUGGGCAAGACUCUGUCCGCGGAGAGACUGGAGAGAGGAGCGGCGAUCCCCCGCAGUGUCAGCAGUGACGGGCGCCCCCUGGACUCCAAGAGGAUGUCCCCGGGCAGUGAGUCCUACAGCCUGGCCUCCUCUCUGGCUCUGGGCCGCUCCCCUCACAACCGCAGCUCCCCCAGUAACCUGUCCUGCUCCAGCGAGACCUCCGGCAGCUCCGCCCACUGGAGGCAGAAGUCCAUGCCCGAGCAGUUUGCAGAUGCCCCAACCUCCAAAUCUGGCCAAGGAUUCUCUGGAGGUCCACGCAUCCAGAGGCAGGAGCAGGUCAUCCACCUCUCCCCCAAGAAGGGCAGCCAGUCUGACAGCCCCUACUCUGGCCACUCGAGCAGUAACACCCUCUCCAGCACGGCCUCCAGCGGGGGCCACAGCGACAGUGACAAGUGGUACGAGCUGGGGGCCGGCGGGGGAGCGGGGUCCAGCGGAGAGCAGGGCGAACCGGAGCCCAACGGCCUGGGGGGAGGAGGCUACCUGCAGGGCUCCUCGGCGGACAGCGGCAUCGACAGCAGCACCGGCUCCUACGCGCCCGCCCACCACGCUCACCCGCACUCCCACCACGGCAGCACCACCUCCCUGCUGGCCCCGGGCGGAGGCAGGGACAGCAGGGACAGGGACCGGGAGAGGGACAGGUCCACGUCCCCCUGGCACAGUCCCACCGAGGGGGGCAGGAGGAUGCUGGAGAGGUCCCCCGCCGCAGCAGAGUCUCCGGGGCCGCCGUCGGAGAGCCGGGAGGGGAGGACUCCACCCACACACCUGCUGGUUAGAGACGCCAGCACCUACAGCCUGAGCGACCUCGGAUCUCACUCCAGCUCCAGGCACUCGGCUCACAGCUCCCCCAGAGAAGAGUCCUCGUCCUCGGCCACGUCCCCGUCUCAGUCGUCCGUGUCCCCGGCUGGACCCAAGAGCUUCUACCCCAGGCAGGGAGCCCAGUCCAAGUACCUGAUCGGCUGGAGGAAGCCCGGGUCCACCAUCAACUCUGUGGACUUUGGAGACACGCGCAAGAAGUCUCCGGGAGAGAGCAGUGUGGAUGUGAUCCCGACCCCAGCGGCGCGGCCCUCUCUGCGGGACAUGCACUCCCCUCAGCCCCACGCCAAGUCCACCAUGGAGGAGGACGUGAAGAGGCACAGCGUUCCAGACAGCCCCCCCGCCGUCCCGCGCCGGCAUAAGGAGAAGCACUCCCAGAAGUCUGACCCGGAGCAGCCCCUGUCGCGCCGCCGCUCCCUCCACAGGACCCUGUCAGACGAAAGCAUCUACAGGGGCCAGCGCCUGCCGCCCCUGUCGGACACGGUCAACGAGCCCACCCUGGCCACCGACGUCCUCUUCAGCUGCUCCACCCUCCCUCGCUCCCCCACCACACGGGGAGUCCCACUGAGAAGACCCUCCUACAAGCUGGGAGUCAAGCUGCAUGGAGAUCUGUCAGCAUCAGACACUUCCCUGGUCGACCUGGUGGAGCGCCAUCGCGGGCCCCUCCCCCCUGAGCUCAUGCCCCUCCCCUCAGGCCGGGACAGCCCCCUGGAGUGGACCCACCUGGUGGACGUGGCCAGUACCUACGAGAGCGAGAGAGGACCACACUAUGUUCAGAGGAGUUAUGUGUUUGGAGAUGCCAACCACAGGAACAGUGGGGCCUCCAGUCCUCAGCAGCCCCACAUCGAGCUGCAGCCGGCCCCACUCUCCCGCCCAGCCUCCAGUGAGGGUCACAUCGGACUGGAGAGGAAGGUGACCAAACUUGAAGCCAUGGUGAAGAUGCUCCAGGAGGACUUGAAGAAGGAGCGUGAGGAGAAGUUGCGGAUGCAGGCUCAGAUCAAGCGUCUGUGGGAGGAGAACCAGCGCCUCCAAGAAGAGUCCCAGACCUCCGCAGCCAAACUCAAGAAGUUCACCGAGUGGGUUUUCAACACCAUCGACAUGAACUGACCGGCCCCGAGAGGAAAUGUACAGUACCAAUGCUCCACGUUAGACAAAAGGGAAGCCAAAUGAAGAAAGUUGCUACAAUUUCGUCUUACUCAACCUACCAGGAUUUUAUUGUUCGCGAAUCUUCUUUUAAAAUUACUGAAGAUUUAAGAUAACGUUCGCCAAAAAUGUUCCAGAUUAAUCAAGACUUUGAAACGGGCUGAACACUGCACUGAUUUUUUAAACAAAUUCGCCAAGAAAAAAACAAAUCCGUAUCUUCUCUUUGUUUUGUUUUUUUCCUUGGAAUUAAAAAAUGCGAUUUAAACAAAACCAUUAAAACAUUUCAGUGAAUUUACGCCGAAAUUUUAAAAUUUUGGAUUCAUUUUAUUAUUUUUUUCCCUCAGUUGAAUGAUUUUAACUCUCCAAAGGUACAACAUAUUUAGAGUUUCUUUUUGACAAAGUACAGCUACUGCACUAUUCGCCGUCCGUAAACUACUUUAACCACUUUUUUCAGUGUGGCUUAAAUAGUAACAAAGAGGAAGGAUUUUUUUCACCUCUGCAAGUCGAACUUUUGGAUUUGUAAAUAUUUUUUCCAUUUUUCCGUCUUUCAGAACUAGUUUAAAACACUCAGUUCUGCGUCGACAGCACAAGCCAGAGUUCCUUAUCCAAAAGCCAUCGGUGACUGGCGCCAUUUUACGUGUUUUUACCCAGAGUGCUUUGCGUCCAUCCGCUAUAUAUACUGUAGGUGUUUUCUUAUAAGCAAUAGGAAGGACAAAUCCCUCCGGGACUAUUUUUGCCUUCGCAUUUCAAGGAGGAACAAGGGAAGACUGAAAAAGUGGAAUUUCAAAACAAAACUUUGAAAAUUGACACUGGAUACGCACAAAACGCCAGUGUUACGAAAACUGAAGAAGGGACGAAAAACCACUAAACGAAAGCGGGAUUUUAGCGAAUGAAGGACUAAAUAUCUGGUUGUUUUUAUCCGAGUUAAUUUAUUUCCUUGUAUUAUAAUUCAAAUAAAUAAGUUGUUCUAUUGGUACAGUUCAACUCCUAUCAGUGUUAAGUUUCUCGACAAAAUUGUGGAUAUGAUUUAAAUGGCUUUCUUUCACUCCGGCUUGAAUAUAUGCGUUUUAUUAUUGAGUAUUACUGUAACGUGGCCUGCUGUUGUGUUGCUUAACAGUGCCCUCUAGUGAUGACCAGUGCAAAAUGUUUUAAUUUCCCCUUUUUAAUCCCAAUCUGCUGUCAGUGUGCAUUUCUCAGUCAGGACUAGAGCAGUGUAGGGGGGGGCGGGGUCACGUGAUCAGCCAGGACCAAUCAGAAGCCAGCUUUGACAGACAAUCAAAGCAGAGUAGUUUUAGUGUACGCAUACAGUACUUUUUGGUCAUAGUUUUUCCUCAGGUCGUUCACAAAGUAAUAUUUCGUAUUCAGAGAUGAUAUUAUUUAGGUUGAAAAGGUGUUACGGAUAAAUAUGUCACCAUUGCAGUUUGUAAGAAGCCAUCGUGUGAAUGUACCAGAGUCUAUUCCAGUCGUGCCUACAGUGAUUCUAGUGGUCAUUUAACUCAAAUCAUAUGGAGCAGGGUCGUGCCUUGGUAACAGCUAUAAGAUGAAAUUGUAAUUUAAAGAACACAUAUUAUGCUAGAGUAACUUUUUUUGAACUUUUGACCAAGUUUUAUUAUUGUCCUUAUAUCAAAAACAUACCUAGAGUUGCAUUUUAGCUUCAUUUAAACCCUGAAAAAAGCUCUGUUUGCAUUUUACCCAGAUUGUUGCGUCAUAGUUAAAACUCUAAACUUCUCAUGUGGAGUUUUUAAGUCCAUAAAUCAUCACCAGACUCAUUCUAUUGUCAAAAUGUGUUCACAAAAAAUGCAUAGCGCCGUUAGUGUAGUAUUUACAAGGGAUACAGACUAUUUAUUUAUCGUAUUUUUCGGACUAUAAGGCGCACUUAAAAUCCUUCAAUUUUCUCAAAAGUCCACGGUGCGGCUUAUGUAUUAAUUCUGGUUGUACUUACUGAUCACGAACUGAUUUUAUGCGGUACAUGGGGCUCAAAAAUCUGUCAAAAUGCUUUAGUACGACUUUGGUAAGCUACAAAGCGCACAAGGAGCGAGCUGUUUUUUUCAGAGCUUAUAGUUUAUGCAAAUUAGUCAUGUGGUUUUCACUUUUGUUUCUGUAAAAUGUAAACAAAUGUGCUCAAAGCUGCAUUAAACACUUUAUUACUCAAUGUAUAUUUGAGUCCUCCUCGUAGGAAAUAAAAAAAACAAACAAACAUACACAUUCACUAAGACAGGGAGGCGACGCCGGGCGAAUUACACUCCAUCGGCAGAUCAUGGAUGCCAGGGCUAAGGGAUCAGUCUCAAGUGUCGUCAUUUGUUUCGCUUAAUGCGCCUUAUAAUCCGGUGCACCUUAUGUAUGAAAAUAGACGAGAGAAUUCAUCAUUUAUUGAUAUUGCGCCUUAUAAUCCGAAAAAUACGGUACUUAUUGUUCAUUCCCGUUGCUGACAGCAGAUUGAGCUCCAGUAAUUAAAUGCCUACUUGGAAACGGAGGUGAAGUUUGUAAAGUGUGUUUGCCCAAUGUAAAUGUUAUUUUACGUUUGAAAAUAUGAAAUACUUAGCCCAAGGAGACUAAAACAUGUUUAUAAAGGAAUUAAAGCCACAGGAAUGCAUAAUAUGUGUUCUUUAAAAUCCAAUGUCCAAUGGUGACGGAUACAACUUGAAUAAAAAGAAUAGCAGGACUUGGCUAACUUGACAUCGACUAAAAGGAUUUUCAGACUUACACGCCUUUACACAA